GGGGAUCACUGAGACAGGUAGGGCAAAGUUUAAUUGAAGUUUGAUUUGGUUGGAUAUCUUGGAUACAUAAACAACAGGAAAUUUUGAUUUCUUGGAAAAUCUGGGUUUUGAUUCAAGUUUUGAGUUGCUUUUGUAGCAUUUAAUGUUUAUGAAUUCGAACACAUCGGUCAUCGUCUCAUCGGAAAGAUCUUGUUAGUUUCAACAUGAAUAGUAGUAGUAGCAGCAGCAGCUGUAAGACAAUAGUCUGGUUUAGGAGGGAUCUUAGGAUUGAUGACAAUCCUGCUUUGACCGCUGCCGCGAAGGACAACGGCGUUUUUCCGGUCUAUAUAUGGUGCCCCAAAGAGGAAGAGCAGUUCUAUCCCGGUCGAGUAUCGCGAUGGUGGCUGAAGCAAUCUCUUGCUCAUUUGGAGCAGUCUUUGAAGUCUCUUGGUUCUGAACUUGUGCUGAUCAAGACACAUAAUACUCUUUCAGCUCUUUUGGACUGCAUCAACGCUACCGGCGCGACUAAAGUCAUAUUUAACCAUCUUUAUGAUCCACUUUCGUUAGUUCGAGAUUAUAACAUCAAAGAGAAGCUGGCAGAGGCCGGCAUUUCUGUGCAAAGCUACAAUGGAGAUUUAUUAUACGAGCCAUGGGAGAUAUAUGAUGAGAAGGGGCAAGCUUUUACGACCUUCGAUGCAUACUGGGACAAGUGUUUGAACGUGCAAAUGGAACCUGUUUCACUUCUUCCCCCAUGGAGAUUGCUGCCAGUUGCAGUGACAGGAACAAUAGAAAGGUGCUCGAUUGAAGAUUUGGGCCUCGAAAACGAAACAGAAAAAGCUAGCAAUGCAUUGUUAGGAAGAGCAUGGUCUCCAGGCUGGAGCAAUGCCGAUAAGGCUCGAAUCGAGUUUAUUGAACAAAACCUAUUCAACUAUUCGAGAAGCAGGCUUAAAGUCGGGGGCAACUCCACAUCUCUUUUGUCUCCGUAUCUUCAUUUCGGGGAGCUGAGUGUGAGGAAAGUUUUCCAGAGUGCACGGAUGAAACAGUUACUAUGGAGAAGAGAACAUAAUGCUCAGGGGGAAGAGAGUGUAACACUUUUUCUAAAGGCCAUCGGGCUUAGAGAGUACUCACGGUACCUUACCUUCAACUUUCCAUUCACUCACGAGAGACCGCUAUUGAGCAACUUGAAGUAUUUUCCUUGGAAUGCCGAUGCGAACCAUUUUAAAGCUUGGAGACAAGGUCGGACGGGAUAUCCGUUGGUGGAUGCUGGAAUGAGGGAGCUUUGGGCAACUGGUUGGAUACACAAUAGAAUAAGAGUUAUCGUUUCGAGUUUCGCGGUCAAGUUUCUACUCCUUCCAUGGAGAUGGGGAAUGAAGUAUUUCUGGGACACGCUUUUGGAUGCAGAUUUAGAAUGUGAUAUUCUCGGUUGGCAGUACAUUUCCGGCAGCUUACCCGAUGGUCACGAGCUAGAACGAUUAGACAGUCCACAGAUUCAAGGGGCCAAGUUUGAUCCUGAAGGUGAAUAUGUAAGGCAAUGGCUGCCGGAGCUAGCGAGGAUGCCGACCGAGUGGAUCCAUCAUCCUUGGGAUGCACCUCUUACCGUGCUUAAAGUUGCCGGAGUUGAGUUGGGGUUAAACUAUCCAAAACCUGUAAUAGAUAUCGAUACAGCUAGAGAACAUCUGAGAGAAGCUAUAUUUAAAAUGUGGGAAACGGAAGCAGCUGCAAAGGCUGCAACUUCGGACGGGAUGAGCGAAGAAGUUUUUGACAAUUCCAAUGGCAUUGAAACGUCUCCAAUCCCCAAAGUUAUUCUAAAGGAAAAGUCUUCUUGUCCGACAUAUUCAUCUAAUGAUCAAAGGGUUCCAUCGUUUCAGAAUGGCAAUAAUGGUUCAUUGCAUAGGAAGAGAGCAAAACUUGUGGAAGAAGAAAGGUUGCCUGCUGAUAAACCGAAUAAUCACAGUAAACAAGCAGGGACCUCUGGAGGAGGUGACUUAUGCUCAACAGCCGAAUCUUCAGCAUCUAAGAGGCAAAGUAUUAGCAGAAUAUCAUUUUCUGUUCCCCAAGCUUGUUCUUCGUCCGAUGGCAGGCCUUUGCAGGAGUAUGAAUCUUCUGAUACGAAGCGAUCGAUGCAAGAAACAAUCAACUUGGAACAGACUUCAAGCAAGAAUGGUAAGUAAAGCUACAUAGUUAUCUGACUAAUACAUUGGAUUAUGCCAACCUGCAAAACUAAGCCCUCGAAGAACCCGGGGUGCCGCAAAUUAUGCUCAUGAUAUAUAUAUAUAUAUAUAAGUCGAAUUA